AUGGGCAACGAGGCCAGCCUAGAGGGCGGAGGAGCCGAGGGGCAACUGCCCCCCGGCCCCGCCGCCAGCCCCUCCACGACGCCUGGGUCCGCCAAGCCGCCUUCAGCACCAGGCAGCGUUGGACAGCUCCCUCCGGGCAGGGCUCCAGCCGCCGCACCGGGCCCCGCGCAGCCGCACGGACCCUCAGUCAGCACGCCGAAAAGACCAGAUCAAUCAGACCGCUCUUUUGGACAGAGAGCAGCUUCCCCAUCCCUUAAGCAGGCUGCUCAGACUAGUGAAAGCGCAAGAGAGAUGAGGGGCCGUGGGCAGACCAUCCAACAGGCUGAUGGGUCAAGGAGGACACUCCAAGUGGACAGCAGGGACCAGAGAACAGGACGUUCACCAUCUGUGUCACCCGAUCGAGGCAGCACCCCUACCUCACCUUAUUCUGUCCCCCAAAUUGCUCCCCUCCCCAGCAGCACUCUCUGUCCUAUAUGCAAGACAACAGAACUCACCUCCUCUCCUAACCAGCCAAACUUCAACACCUGUACGCAGUGUCACAACAAAGUCUGUAACCAAUGUGGAUUCAACCCCAACCCUCACCUGACUGAGGUGAAAGAAUGGUUAUGUUUAAAUUGCCAGAUGCAGAGAGCUUUGGGGAUGGAUAUGACCACGGCACCUCGCUCCAAAAGCCAGCAGCAGCUACACUCUCCUUCACUUUCCCCAUCCCAUUCCCCAGCCAAACAGCCACCGUCCCAAGUGGUAACUGGUCCAGAGAAACAACCAGGAACUAUGCAGCCAGGCCCCAGGCCAAGUGCUGUGCAGAGGGAUCCACACAGCCAAGUCCAGCCAAAACCUGCUGCUCCUCAGGAAGUGGUGAGAUCUUCCCCUCAGCAUCAGCAAACAAAGCCUUCAUCCACUGAUCAGAGAAAGACUGUGGGAGACUCCCCAGCUAAGACUCCAGCACCUCCCCCCAGUGCUGGGGCACAAGAGCAACCCCAAGAGGGCCUCACUGGGAAGCUUUUUGGAUUUGGAGCUUCUCUCUUGACCCAGGCAAGCACGCUCAUGUCUGUCCAGCCAGAGGCCACCCCACAAAGUCAACAGUCCCCUGGCAAAGUGCCUCCAAAAAUUGUCUUCAGUGAUGCUAGCAAAGAAGCUGGCCCUAAAACCCCAGGCACUGUACCUGGAAUGCAGGGUAUGGCUGGAACUGUCCCAGCUGCAAAGCAAGUGAAAACAGAACAAGUAAUCAAGCCAAAGGAAGUGCCGAAAGAAAGGGUCUUGUGCCCCCUCUGCAAAGCGCAGAUCAAUGUGGGCUCUGGGGAACCCUCCAACUAUAAUACCUGUACAACCUGUAAGCAGCAGGUCUGCAAUAUGUGUGGAUUCAACCCAACACCUCAUCUGGUGGAGAAAAAUGAAUGGCUGUGUUUGAACUGCCAAACUCAGAGGCUGCUAGAAGGAAGCCUAGGAGACCCUGCUCCAAUGCCACUGCCUGCUACAAAGCAACAGCCAACUGGAUCCCCUCGACACCAACUUAGCGGAAUUGGUCAGCAACAGAGAGGAGCCCCCCAGCAAGUAACACCCCAGAAACCUGAAGCAUCAGCUCCUCAGAACAGGCAUCUUUCACAAGCAAAGCAUCUCAGGACUUCAGAUCAGAGCAAAUUACCAACCACUGUCCAAGAAAAAAAGCUUCCUCCUCCAUCAGAAGGAAAGCCACAGUCCAAAUUACCUGAUAAGCCUCCCAAAGUUUCUGAAAGUCCAUUGCCAAAGGGGAAAAGUAUGGCCACAAAACCAGAAGCAGACAUCAAAGACAGCACAAUAAUAUCUGAAUCUCAGAAAAUGAGAGAGCAGGAGGAAUCCACUAAGCCUUAUUCCUCAGACCUGUCCCGUAGCCCCCAAAGCCUGAGUGACACUGGGUAUUCAUCUGAUGGAAUCUCUAGCUCUCAGAGUGAGAUCACAGGCUUAGUGCAGCAAGAAGAAGAACAGCUGAAUGAAACAGGAAUUGUAGAGCAGAGCCCCCCAAGUCCAUCUGAACUCACUAAACUGGAAAGUACCAUGCGCCCAUUGUUGGAGUCAAAAGAUUUGACUCAAGAGCCUUCUGAUAGGGGGAAAACCUACCAUGAAUUACGAGAAGAACAGAGGCAGAGGCAGAGGCCUCGGUCCCUUUCCAUCACUCCAGAAGCCUUUGAUUCUGACGAAGAGCUUGAAGAUAUCAUGGAAGAAGAUGAAGACUCUUUAGAAUGGGAGAACCAGAGGGAACAGAGGGAGAGCAUGGAGUCUUCAGAUGACUUUGGCAGCAAGCUGCGCCAUGACUAUGUGGAAGACAGCAGUGAAGGAGGAGGGUUCUCUCCACUACCAACUAGGCAGAAAGCCAGAGAAUCCAAGAUGACCGAUGAAGAGUUCAUGAGGAGACAGCUCCUGGAGAUGAGUGCUGAAGAAGAUAACCUUGAGGAGGAGGAAGAAUACGAUCGUGUAAAAUACAGCAUUACAAAAAAUGGACACAAGCCUGAGUCUGAAAAAAGCAGGGACGCCAGCUCGUCCAAAAGGCGUCUGCCUCACAGCUCUGGCAGUAUAUAUGAAGAGGAAAGUAAAGAGCUGGAAAGUACUGAGGAUGAUAUGAUUACAUCUCAAGGAGGUUUGCGACGUUUCAAGACCAUUGAGUUAAACAGCACUAACAACUAUGGCAGAGACAUGGAAAUUAGCCAGGAGACAGACAUCAGCCUGGAUCGAGAACCUGAGCUGGAGAUGGAGAGUCUGACAGGGUCCCCAGAAGACAGAUCAAGGGGUGAAUAUUCCUCUACCUUGCCAGCCACAACACCCAGUUACACUUCAGGAACCUCCCCCACCUCUAUUUCUUCCUUGGAGGAAGACAGUGACAGCAGUCCUAGCCGCAGGCAGAGACUGGAAGAGGUUAAACAGCAGAGGAAAGCCCGGCAUCGGUCACAUGGCCCUUUGCUUCCAACCAUAGAAGAUUCUUCUGAGGAAGAGGAGCUGCGUGAGGAAGAGGAGCUGUUGAGAGAGCAGGAAAAAAUGCGAGAGGUGGAACAGCAACGCAUCCGAAGUACAGCACGCAAAACCAAACGAGAUAAAGAAGAAUUGAGGGCACAGAGGAGGAGAGAGAGAUCCAAAACCCCUCCUAGCAAUCUUUCUCCCAUUGAGGAUGCUUCACCCACUGAGGAACUGAGGCAAGCUGCAGAAAUGGAAGAGCUACACAGAUCUUCCUGUUCAGAAUAUUCGCCCUCUAUUGACUCAGAAGCAGAGGGAUUUGAUGGCAUUGCCUCCAAGUUGUACAAAUCUGGCAGUGAGUACAAUCUACCAACGUUUAUGUCCCUUUAUUCUCCAACAGAAAAAACUGCUAGUUCUGGUUAUACCUCCAGCAAGCCCCUGAAAAGUGCUGAAGAAGCCUAUGAAGAGAUGAUGAGGAAAGCAGAGAUGUUCCAAAAGCAACAACCAUCCCAACAAAGUGUCUCCUACAGCAACACCUUCCAACAAGUAGGCUACCGUAGUUCAGAAGGCCAAAACAAUUUCGAAUACCAGUAUAUAGAUGAUUAUGGCUUUGAGAGUCGGAAUGUGGAUUCCUCUCAGUCCGACUACCAGAAUGAACUUUCCAAAUCUGGAGCAGUUUAUGAAGAAAUACUUCAGACAUCACAGAAUAUUUCUAGGAUGCAUCAGUCUUCUUCUCUGGAUUUGACUCUGGAACAGGAAGUAAAGAAGAAAGGGAGAGAAGGCCCUUAUCAAGAAAAGCAGUUUUUGAAUGCAGAGAGCGCUUAUGAAAGCGGCCCCCUUACUCCUGGGACAAGUCCUACACAGCUAUCUGCUCCUGUCUCCUUUUCAUCUUCUGAAAGCAGCACAGGCAGAAUAAUCCCUGAUGUUAGAGUCACUCAACAUUUUGCAAAGGAGAGUCAUGACCACCCAAAACUUCAUAGUUCACCUACUGCACCCAGCUCAGUUUCAAAGAGUAUAACAACACCUUAUACGUACGCUAAAGGAUCCAGCACAGUCACUACUGUUGUUUCUAGUCCUGUAAGUGCACCACGAAUCUACACUUCUCCAACUUCUUUAAGUGGCACAGAUGCACCAUCUGUGUCCACUACUAGCCGAAGUUACAGUCAUACAAAAAUGACAGCAAGUUAUGGCUCUCAAACAGAAAAUAUCUCCAGAGUCAAGAGUGUUACAGAGAUAAGUGGGCCAUCAGCAAGAGAGAAACUCCAAAGUAUGACUGACAGCAAGACAAAUGUAUCCAUGUCAACAUCUAAAAUGUAUUCUUUCUUCAAAAGCUCAAGUCCCCCACUUUCCCCUUCUUCUCCUACUCAAAGUCCCACUCAUCCUGCUCCAAGAGUUGGGUUGCCUUCUAGUUCAGCAGUGGGAUGUAAAUCAACUGCAGAAUUUUCCACUCAAACACACAGCACAAUUCUCUCAUAUGAUGCCCCCACUACAACUGCUGUGUCGACAUCUUCUAUGGUAGCGCAAGGAACACAAACACCCCAUCGAUCUAGCUCGCCUCGCCUUGCUAGACAACAAUCAUCACAGGAAUCCCCCUUUAUGGUCAUCACAUUAGCAUCUGAUGUAGCCAUUCAAACAAAGCCAAUCGGUGCAAGCUCCUCCAUUUCACCAGCUUCAUCUCCAACUAGGCAGGGCCGUCAGCAAACAGUGCAUAGUUACAGUCAGACAACACAAUCAGUGGUAGAAAGAGCCUCUGCUUCUAGUGCUGCAAUGCAGAAAGUGCAGACCUCAGCUGCUGCUGACAGCAUUUCUGGUGUGUACAGCUGGGGAACACUGCCUGCAGAGAACAUUUCUUUGUGCAGAAUAUCAUCAAUUCCUGGGACAUCUAGAGUCGAACCUGGACCCAGACCACCUGGCAGUAAUAUUGUAGAUUUGCGAACUGCUAUAAAGUCUACUCCAAUCAUUAUAACAGACCAAGGUAUGGAUCUUACAUCCCUAGCUACUGAAAGCAGAAAAUAUUGUCUCACUAUGGACCAGUCACCAAGUCGGCAGUCCACAACCAUCCAACCCUUAAUCAUCAAUCUCAAUGCUCAGGAACAGCCUCAUGCUAUCAUAAGCACAGCCACCACAGUCAGCAUAACUGUUGCUUCUUCCAUGCUUGUGUCUCAGCCAAAGCAACCUGCAGUCUAUGGAGAUCCUUUCCAUAACAGAAUGGACUUUGGUCAAGGAACAGGAAGCCCAGUCUGUCUGACACAUGUUAAACAGGUAGAACAAGCCGUUCAGACCGGCACCUUCAGAGGAAUUGUGAGUGGCACUGGCAUUUCUGCUUCUGGAGGCCGGCCUGAAACAGUAGGUCCACAGCAAAUGAAAUUUGCAAGGUAUAAUUUACCUAAUCAAAUGACACCUUUGAUAAAAAAAGAUGUUCUGAUUACUCAGACCAGUAGCGCUCAGAAUAUUGUUAGUGCCAUUCCCAGACCAUUCCCUCAGGAUCAAAGUUCAGAAGGAUAUAGAGGAAUUCCAGUGGAACUGAAAACUCAGUCUCCUCCAGUCACCCUUGGAAGUAAGAAAUCCCAAGUGAUGAUGGUGCAGAUGGAUGAUAUAGCAGCAGGCCCUGUAACAAAACUAAUCAAAGACGAACCGCCUCCCAGUGCACUUGAUCUCACUGGAAUGAAGCCUGAAAGCCAAGUGGCAUGCUGUGAUGUAGUCUACAAAUUUCCAUUUGGAGGAAGUUGCACUGGAGCCUUUAAUCCUUCUUCCAAGCUGCCAGAGAAAAACAUUGGGGAUGCAGCUCAUGCUGGCAAACCUAGUGGCCAGUACUAUGGAAGCAGAGAACAGGAGGCAUCAGAUACAUACCCAUAUACAGAACAAACAGCACUGGGGCCCAACCCAUAUGAAGAGCACAGGUUCUAUCCACAUGGGCUGUUUGGGAGGCUGUAUUCAUCCAUGUCUGAUACUAACCUUUCUGAAAUGGGUUUGAACUAUUACCCAGUUAAAGGAGAGCAGCCGUUCCACUCUCCUGCUGGGGAUUCGGCAGUGGAUUUAACAACCAUGAAACAUUCAUAUAGCACUAGCUUUACUGAGGGAGGCUAUAUGGGGCAUGGAUUGCAAUAUGGUUCUUUCUCUGACCUCAGACAGGCCACUGAUUUGCUAAGCCAUUCAUACCCAAUGAGAAGAUAUAGCUCAGCCUCUAAUAUCUACUCUGAUUAUAGGUAUUCACCAAGAGCAGACUUGGCUAAUUUCCAGGAAGCCAGCCUGGCUCAUUAUAGCGCCACUACAGCUCGUGAAAUCAGCCGAAUGUGUGCAGCACUCAACUCCAUGGACCAGUAUGGGGGCAGGCACACAAACAGCUCAGAUCUUCUUCAGUAUGGCCCUAGUGCUCUUGGUGCUGGGCCAGUAGGGAGUGGAAACAUCUCAGCUCAGCAGGGUUCCAUGAAGCCAAACAUGAUAUACAAUCCAAAUUUUCCAGAAAUUCGCCCAGGGUUUGGAAGCCUAGCCCAAUAUAAUUUCACCAGACUUGGAAGUGUCAGACAAGUACUUCCUUCCACAGCCACUGUACGAGCUGCUGAUGGCAUGAUUUAUUCAACCAUUAAUACGCCAAUAGCAUCAACCCUUCCCAUAACCACCCAACCAGCUUCUGUGCUACGACCUAUGCUCCGAGGCCUAUAUAGACCCUAUGCUCCAAGCAGCAUCACACCUGUCCCUCUGGCCAGCUUGACCAGAGUGCCUCUUGUUACUCCAAGGAUGUCCCUUGCAGCGCAAGGCCUGUAUCGCUAUCCAGUGCCCAGCAGACUCCCAGCAGUUCCCACAACAUCAGUGAUGGAAACGCCAAUGUAUUUGGGAAAGCCCAUUAGCACCACAGCAUCUAGCACUGUAGCCACUAGUGUAAGUUCAGCAACAGUUUCCAAACCUUCAGUUCCAACUGCUGUUGUGCAAAGGCCUGAGCAAGCAGGCACUGUCACUCAAGAGGAGGUGCCUGCAGCAACUUCUGGAGUGCAGAGUACUUCCAGGGACCCCAGUCAAGGACCACAGCAGCCAACACAAAUACCAGUUCAGAAGCAGCAAGCAGAAGUUCCACAAUCCAGCGUCACUAGCAAAGGGGCCACAGAGAAGGAAGAGAAAGAGAAGGAGGAAGAGAGGCAGAGGAAGCAGCAGGAGCACAUCCUCCAGAUUGAGAGGGAAAGAGUGGAGCUGGAGAAACUGAGGCAGAUGAGGCUCCAUGAAGAGUUGGAGAGAGAACGUGUGGAGUUGCAGAGACACAGGGAGAAGGAACAGAUGCUGAUGCACAGGGAGAUCCAGGAGUUGCAGUCUAUAAAGCACCAGGUCCUGCAGCAGCAGCAGGAGGAGCGCCAGGCCCAGUUUGCUCUGCAGCGGGAACAGUUGGCCCAACAGCGCUUGCAACUGGAGCAGAUCCAACAAUUGCAGCAACAGCUGCAGCAGCAGUUAGAGGAGCAGAAGAGGCAAAAAGCCACCUUUCCUCCUGUAUGUGACCAGGCAGGAAGGAUCCCUCCCCAGAGUGCAUCAGAAAUAGCUAUAGAAAUGCAAAAGACCCUGGCUCAAAAUGGGCAAUACUGGCCACCCCUAAGCCAGUCCUUUAUGGCUACUGCAGCUGCAGGGCAAGAUGGGCAAAUGCAGCCUCGUUAUCCUGCUCUCCAGAGGCCCCUCACUAACUCAGCCUCUGAAAUGUCACUACAGACAGAAGAACAGUGGGAAGCCAGUCGAGGCAUUAAGAAGCGCAACUCUAUGCCACGUCUUCGGGAUGUAUAUGAUAAAGAGCCUGGCCACGAGCCCUAUGUUGUGAAGAAGAUUACAGACAGCAGCGUACAGACUGAUGAGGAGGAUGGUGAGGAGCGCUUUUAUGCAUCCCGGCGGCGCCGUACACGACGUAGCACUGACUGUAGUGUUCAGACAGAUGAGGAAGAUAAUGCUGAGUGGGAACAGCCAGUGCGGCGGCGGCGCUCCCGCUUCACCCGGCAUUCGGACUCCAGUGCUGAAAGCAAACAAGACUCCACCACAAAAGGCAUGGCCAGCAUAGCAAUCCAAACCAUCAGCGACUGUUCUGUGCAAACUGAACCUGAUCAGCUACACAGAGUGUCUCCUUCUAUUCACAUCAUCACCCCUGACCCCAAGGUGGAGAUAGUGAAGUACAUCUCUGCCCCUGAGAAGACCCAACGAGGAGAGAGCCUGGCCUGCCAGACAGAGCCAGAAGCACAGCCCCAACCAGGCAUUGUGGUCCCUCAGCUCACCGUGCCUACAACAAUUACGCCUUACUCCUCCAACAUCCAGAUGGUAAGCACAGGUCCCUUAGAUCCGCAUGUAGUCCGACAGCAAGCACUGGUGAAGAAAAAGCCUGACCCUCUGGAAAUUGGCUACCAGUCCCACCUGCCUACAGAUUCCUUGUCUCAACUGGUUUCUCGCCAGCCUCCCAAAUCACCUCAGGUGCUCUACUCCCCAGUCUCUCCCCUCUCCCCUCAUCGGCUGCUGGAGUCAUCCUUCACAACCAGUGAAAGACUCAACAAAGCCCACGUGACCCCACAGAAGCACUUCACAGCUGACUCCACCCAGCGCCAGCAGACCCUGCCUCGCCCAAUCAAAACCAUGCAGAGAUCCUUAUCUGAUCCCAAGCCCAUCAGCCCAACAUCAGAGGAAUCUGCAAAGGAUAGAUUCUCCUUGUAUCAGCAUACAUUGCUUCCUGGAAGCCAGAUUUCCACUCUGCAGUCAAACACCCUCACUCGGAAGGUAAAGCGAACACUGCCCAGUCCCCCACCAGAAGAAGUUCACCUCCCUUUGACCAGCCAAGCUCACUCACAGAUGUACAUGCCGGGCCUCAUGCAGAAAGGAGUGGGAGGACAGGCCAUUCAAGUGACCAAAGCCAGCCUCCUCAAAGAACUUGAUCGGGACUUGAAGCUGGUGGAGCACGAGUCUACUAAGCUGAGGAAGAAACAAGCUGAGCUGGAUGAGGAAGAGAAAGAGAUUGAUGCCAAGCUGAAGUACUUGGAACUGGGAAUCAAUCAAAGAAAGGAAUCUCUGCUGAAGGAUCGGAAUGUGCGUGAUUAUCCCUAUCUGCGAUGCCUGGGAGAAAACAGGGAUUACAUGUCUGACAGUGAGCUAAACAAUCUUCGCCUUUCCAGCUACGAGAGUAGCAGUCUCCUGGCUAGGCCCAGCACUGCUCCUUCUAAUCAAUAUGCCGAUUUCUCCAGACAGGCUGCCGCACCAGGCCCAGCCACAUUCCAGCAAACAAGAUUUCAGCCUCCUCACUAUCCUGCAGUUAGCAAUGUCCCUACUCAAAAUGGUUUCCAGGCAAGCCAGAUGCUUGCCUAUCCUUCCCAAACCACGUAUCAGCCACACAACUUCACUCCAAGCACUGGGUAUCAAUCUGAUCUGGGCCUGCAGAGCCAUCAAGGCUUCCGGCCCCCUUACCAAGCUCAGACCACAUAUUCCAGUCAGACACCUUUGCAGCCUGCUCAGAACACUCUGUUUCAAACCCAUGCAGACACGCACACGACCACUCAGAAACCACGGCAGACAUCUCUAGCUGAUCUAGAGCAAAAGAUCCCCACCAAUUAUGAAGUGAUCAGUAAUCCCACUGUGGUGAUCUCUGCCGCAACACCAGAAGUUACAUAUAGCACCACAACAGUAACCAGCAGCUAUGACCAAUACAAAGCUCCAGAAGGAAGGCCAACAGACAGGAGUGGUGCAGUGCAGAGUCCCUCCAUUAGCUGUUCCUCUGACUCACUCUACACCAACCUAGAGCAAAACAUUCCUCGGAACUAUGUAAUGAUUGAUGAUAUCAGUGAAUUGACCAAAGAGAGCAAUGGAGGCGAGGGCCAAAAAGGAGAUUUGCAGUCACAGAGUAGCAAUGGACGGCAUAUUAAAGAAAAGAGUGACCUGGCAGAUGCAGAUGUCUCCAGUAGGCCUUGCUGCUAUUCUAAAGGAGAAGAGGAGUCUGAGGAGGAUAUGUAUGAUCAUCAUGGCACUGACCACCGAGGGAAGAACUACCACAGAGGCCCAGAGAGUAAUGGGAGGAUAAGUGGUACUAGCUCUGGCUCAUACUACUACGGAGACAGUGAUUACAGGCAUUCCUCUCGCCCAGAAAAGCAUAGCUCCAGUAUAGGAAUGCAGAAACACACUUCUAAAAACUUGGCCCCAGCUGUCAUCUCUUCCAAGCGCAGCAAGCAUCGGAAACAAGGCAUGGAACAGAAAAUCUCCAAAUUCUCCCCUAUAGAAGAAGCCAAAGAUGUGGAAUCAGACCUUGCCUCCUAUACAGUAACCACAUCAGUCAGUAGCAGUAGUAUAGCAUCCAGAGCCAAGAAAUUGCAAGAUGAUAUCACUUACGGCCUCAAGAAGAAUGUAUAUGAUCAGCAGAAGUACUAUGGUAUGUCCAACAGGGAUAUGAUGGAAGAGGAUGAUAGAGCAUAUAGUGGUGGACGAUCCAGGUCCUCUGGUUAUGUAUCAGAGAAAUUGUCAAGCCGAGAGGUCAGCAGCAGGAGCAGGUCUUACGAGAGAGAGAGCAUGGAAAGGCCUCCUAAAGGAAGCUCCAAACCCUCUUCUCUUAGUAUGGGUCAGAGUCGCGGGCGACCUCCAAUUCGCACACAGACUUCAGAAGAGGAAAGCCCUAUCAGUCCUUUGGGGAAAUCCAUGGGUGUGUCACGAUCCUCUGGCGGACCUCUCCCUCAGUCUGCUGGAGAUAGCUGCUCACAGUUCUGCUCCAGUCACUCAUUGCCUGAUGUACAAGAACAUAUUAAAGAUGUGCCAAGAACCCAUUCAUACAAGCAUGAAGAAGGUUACAUCAUGGAUGAUUCACACUGUGUUGUUUCAGACAGUGAAGCCUAUCACUUGGGUCAGGAAGAGACAGACUGGUUUGAUAAGCCGAGGGAACCUCGCUCAGAGAGGAUGAGGCAUUAUGGUGGCCAUUCCUCAUCCUCCCAGAAGAGGGGUCCAGUUAAGCAUACCUAUCAUGACUAUGAUGAACCACCAGAUGAAGACUUGUGGCAUCACGAUGAUUACUCCCACCCACGUCAUUCCUCUUCCAAAGAACAUAGACACCACGGAGAAUAUGGGAGGCAUACAUCAUCCUCCCGGCACUCCAGCGAUGAUCUACCCAGGAGAUCAUCUAGGCAACAUCUACGAGAUCCAGGUCGCCAUGAAUCACGUGGACAUGGACAACCCUCUUCCCAGAAGAAAGCUCAGCAAGCAGAUAUGAGAACACAGCCAGGCUAUCCUUCCAGUUCUUCAGAAUAUUCCCAGCAGUCCCGGCAGCCAUCUGGCUACCAUCAUACCUCAGAGUCCCAGAAACCACAGAGGCAGAUGCAACAUGGGCCAUCAUCUCAGCAGCCAAAAUCAGAGCCGCUUUCACAUCAGCAACAGCCGCAGCCGCAGCCGCAGCCAACAAGGCAGCAACAAGCUGGGCAACAGCAGCAGCAGCAGCAGCAGGCUUCAGUCAGACAGCAGCAACAAUCAGGCAGACAGCCUCAGCAGCACCAAACAGCUCCUUCACAGCAGUCUUCUCAGCAACAGCCCCAGCAAGCCAGGAUGCAGCAACAGCUGCAGCAGCCACAGCAGCCGCAGCAGCCGCAGCAGCCACAACCUCCACCACCAGGGACCCAAGCUCAACCGUCCACACGGACAGCCCAACAGCAGCCUGGGCAGCCCCAGCCACUAGGCAAACAACAGACAGCCCUCCAAGCACAACCUAGCACUCACCCAGCAGUACCACCUAAAACUGAACAGACAGAUGCAUCCAAGCCUACCACAAAAGUGCCACAGGUGGGGAGAGCACCCCAAACACAGCCACAGGGAACAAUUGCAGGAGGCAUUAAGCUGGGUUCUAAACCAGCUGGAGCACCCACUCCUGCUGGUGCAGCAGCUGGUCAGCCAGGAGCAGAAGGAGAAAGCGUCUUCUCCAAAAUCCUGCCAGGAGGUGCAGCAGAACAAGCAGGCAAAUUGACUGAAGCUGUGUCAGCUUUUGGCAAAAAAUUCACAUCAUUUUGGUGA